GGCUGUCUUGGUAAGGUAGUGAUUAAGGUAAGGUAGGUAUGACCAUGAUGGCGUAUGGCGUGGAGGCAGGAGGAGACACCUUGAUGGUUCCUGACUUAUUAUGUGAGAAGAACCUGAAAAGAAUAGGUAGGAACUGGAUAUUUGAGUCAAAGAGGUCCUCACAACUAAAUAUCUUCAACUUUUCAAUACUCAAAACAUUCUCAUUCACAAUUACUUAUCAUUUUUCAACCCUUCAAAUACUUACCACAAGCUCUUGGUAGGCGGAGGAUAGUGCAACUCCCACAACAAAAACCACUUACACCACCUUACCAUUUGCUAUCUCAAAAUCCCCAGCUGAAGGUAAAAAAUCAGUAAAAAUGGAGGCGUGGCCAGUUACAGACCUCGACAAAAUCGCCAAGGGGUGGAAAAUUGCCAUGAAAUGCUCCAAGGAGCGUCUUCAACGGGUGCAUGACCUCGCAGCUGAUGAACUGGAUGAUGCUAUCAAUGAUGGGCACUUGGUUCUCGAGACCGUGUGCUUGUUUGUACACGCUUGCAUUAAACACAAUCAGUACAAACUUCCUCUUUCGUUUUGGAGAGUCCUCCAUGCUGAAUACGGUAUCAUCGUCUAUCCUACGGCAUUCACAGAAGACAUCGAUAUUCAAGGCCUCAACAUCGAUGUCACAUUUACCGAGGCUUACAACGGACACAUCAUGAUGUAUGGUGGAGCCCGCGGCAUCAAAUACCCUCCCCGAUGUCCCCUUGAGCUCAUACGAGAACCUCCGCCUGUCUACCAGAAGUAAACACCAAAGAUAGAGUCGUGAUGUUUCUAAAGGCUAAAAUAUGUUUCUGUGUAUUAUUGGAAUUAGGUUUGGCGAUUGUGGGACGCCCAGACCAUGGUGGCGUUGGUGGUUUAGAGGCAAGGCGAUCCAUCAUACCAGACAGAAUAG